GUCCAUCCUGGUCUUGUCGUCGAACCCAAAUCUACAUAGGCUAUUAUCCAAGCGGUGUGGCAGGACGACUCCGACUCCGAACGAAACCGUCCGGGCGACGGGCGUUAGGAAUGGAACUAAGGGCUACUCAUCGCGACUCCGAAGCCAGGAUCCAUGAUUUGGAAGCUCAGUACGGCGACCUCGAGGCCAAGUAUAGUGACCUUGUGGCUCAGAGCAGUGAUCUGGAGGCCAGUCAUAACACUGUCUUGGCGAGGAACACCAAUCUCGAGGGAAGAACCACCGAGCUGCAAAGAGAGAAUGCACGACUCCAGAAAGAACUCGAUGACACGCGCAGAGAGUUGACAGUGAUGAAAGAGAAGGAAGAGGACUCGGAACCGUGCAUUCUACCAGCAGGAUCGGUAGAGAGGGCGUUAGACGAGUCGAUGCGUCAUAGGGAGGAGGAAAGCCAAGAACAUAGUCGCGUCGUAAAGAAUCUCCAGAGGCCCGACGAAAAGUCUAACGAAGAGGCUGAUGGAGCAUUCGACGAAGGAUCUGACGCAGCACCGGCAAGUAAUGAUGACGAAACCUUCGCCCAGUUACAAGACGUGGACGGUUGCAACCUAGCUCAUUUUCUUGGCAACGAAGGGGUUAAUGCGUUCGGAGUACCAGAAUCAGAAUUGAAGAUGAAACUCCCUUGUAUGUGUAGUAAACAAAGGGCGUUGAAAGCUCUCCGCAAGAUAAUCUCUGAGCCACGUAUCUUGGAUAAUAGCUGGAUAUGCAUCGGUCCCGAACUCAUUUGGUCGAGUGGAAUGACCAAAUGUCUGCUUGUGUUGCACUCUCAGCUCUAUGAUGUAGACUCUGGAACUACUACGGACAUCGUGUACGAUGACCGAGUCCAGGAAAAUCAAGUACGCGACCUCUUCCAUACAACCGCACUCCCCGAUGCAACCGGGAAACCAUUGUUCUACCGCGGCACAUUUCGAUGUACAGGACAGUCGAUCGUGUCUUACAGGCACAUCAAACCCUUCAUCAAAGACCAGCCCAACGUCUUCAGAACCAUCGUUCAAAGGACAACGCGUAGCAGUCAGGCCGCCACCCAGGCGGCACUCAAAGACAUGUACGAGAAUGAACAGCUCAAGAUCGCUUGUUACAGACUAGAGAAGGUUGGCGAGAAUCGCGAAAUUAUGGGCAUAGUAGAGGCAUGCGAACGCGACAGUCAAGAAAACACACGCAAACAUCCGGCGCAACGUACAGACAACGGAAGCAGGAAGAAACGCAAACUCGCUUGAAGUCCCGACACAGCUCACAUCCCUCACGCUUAGCCAAAACUCACAUCGGUCACUUCGCUCUGUGGAUCGUAUACCCACAUUUACCACCGCUUCGCUUUGCUAUGCCUUUGCUAUCGUUGCUACCAGUUUUCAUCCAGUUAUAUUUCAUUCGGUGCAUAAUGCGGUCCCCGUCACCAUAUCUGUCAUUUCUCAUCCGCUGCAAGCUCAGGCCAUGAACACCAAUACCG